UUCCAAAACAUUUCCACAUAUUUUCUUUCCUUCUAGAAUACCUUUUCCAGGGAAUUGUAAUUUCUCCGUAUUUUCCUCUGGAAAACCUUUUCCAGGGCGUUGUACAAAAUUUUCAGGAAUCAGAAUUACGAUACCAAACAGCAUGAAGAAACCAGGGCUCUUCACCGCGUCCGUGGCCGCAGCUUCUGCCACUGCCAUCUCUUCUUCCUCAACCUCAUCCAAGAAUCAAAUUUCUAGAGAGGAUUCUGAUUCGAGGAAAAAUAGUGAAAAUUCUUCAUCACAUAUUUCGGCUUCUUCGGAUAAAUUUGCGCCGAGGUUCGAUGGAUUAAGGUUUAUUGAGACCCUCGUCACUGCUCACAGAUAAGCUUGAUUUUUAUGGGCCCAACAUUGGUGGCCUAUUCCUUCGUUCCUUCCUUUCUUUCUUUCUUUCUUUUAAGUUUAAUUUUAUUUAGAAGCUACAAGUUUUGGGUAGGUUAAUAGCUGAGGAGAAAUAUAUAUAUAUAUAUAUAUAUAU